GCACCGAUUCCUGAAAGAAAAGCAGAAAAAAUAGAAAAAUAAAAUGUUUCAAUAAUUCCACGUCGAUUUCUUCUGGUUCUUUCUAUUGGAUUCUAGGGAUUGGUUGAUUGAUUGAUUGAUUUACUUCAUUGAUUGAUUGCAGAGCGGAUCACUCAGAGCUGGAUUUUCUCGUUGCUUGAUACAUAGGCGACGAAGAAGUUAAUGUGUUUGGGAUUGAGAUACUGCUACUGGAAGGAAAGAAGGAACGAUCAAUAUCAAUAUCAACAUCAAGAAGACGAACGAGAUUCUUGCUGAAAAGAAAGGAUAUUAUUACCUAGUAUUCUAUUUUAUUCUCGGGGAGUUGCCCUAAAAAAACAAAGGAUCAGAAGUCUUUACCAUAUAAAGGAACAUCGACAAGCAAGCCACUUUGAAAACUCGCUCAAAAUGGAUAUUCUGGCGCUCAUUCAAGCUAAUCCGGUCGUUAACGACAUCUAUCAACAUCUCGCCCCCUACCUAAUGCAAGCGUACCCCUACCUUCUGCGCGCCUACCCUCUCCUCCACAGCAUCUACACCUCUCUCUUCACCAAUUUCCUGCACCCCCUGUACCUCUUCACCAUAACGCACAUCAUGCCACUGGUCCUGCCGCUCCUCGAAGCCGCUCUCAAAGUCGCGAGUCAGAGUCCUGGGAUCGCGGUCGUGGUGGGAGUUUUGGCAGUCAUCUGGUUUAUAUUUUUCCUGAUGGGUUUGAUGCGCAGGAUGGUGGCGUGGGGACUGCGCAUGGUGUUUGGAUUGGUGUUUUGGGGGGUGCUGGGCGGAGUGGCGGUGGUGGUUUUGCAGAGGGGGGUGGGGAGGACUGGGGCGGAAUUGGUCGAGGGGGGAAGGUGGGUGCUGGAUGUUUUUUGGAGUGAGUAUAUGAAGGCAAGGAGGGAGCAGGAGAUGAGGAGGUGA